AUGCAACCGCCGUCAUCGGCGCGCUCGUUGCUGGGCGCGCGAUGGGGCGGCACGGGGCGGGCGCUUCUGGCGGCGGCGUGGGUGGCGGGAUGGGUGGGGCUGUGCGCGUGGGUGGUGUGGUUUGCGCACAAGCAGGCGGACGAGCCGCGGCAGGAGGCGUCGGCGUGUGGUGCCGCACGCGCGUGCGCUACCUCCACCAGGACAUCCGCUCCGCCAUUGCGCGCGCCGAGCUGUUCCGCGCAGGUGCUUCCGCGCAGGUGCUUCCGCGCAGGUGCUUCCGCGCAGGUGCUUCCGCCCUGCCCUACCUCCGCGAAUGCUUGGCCAGUGAGCAGACAGGCCGCUGCGCCCGCAUUUGCAAGCACCUACCCACUUGGUAUAACCGUUGCCACUCCGCCCAUUCCUGCGAGCCAUCCUCGAACCCCCUUUCCCUUCAAGGCCUCCGCCAUGCCCCCAUUCUCACCAUCCCCGCGCCGUUCCCCCAUCCCCACAAGCCCUGCGCGCGCCCCCUGUACGCCCGAGCCCUGCGCGCUUUCCCCCUUUCCCCCUUUCCUCGGAACUUUUCUUCUGCAGUCCACUGUGGGGCGGGCGGAUGCACGCCGCGCCACUACUUUUGAGGCGCCUCAAAAGGCCCAGGUGCCUGGUGUGAGGGCCCAGGUGCCUGGUGUGAGGGCCCAGGUGCCUGGUGUGAGGGCCCAGGAGGGCACGGGGCUGAUGAAGGUGUUUGGCUCGUAUGGCCCGCGCAGCAGCAGCAACCUGAGCUACUGGGGGCUGGGGGGGUGCGUGAACAACGUGUCUCUGCUGGAGUACACGUGGUGGGCCGACCGCAUCGCCAACUACAGCAGCGGCAGCGUCGUGAUGGUGUUGCAGGAUCAGGACAGCGCACAGCAGCAGCAGCAGCAGCAGCAGCAGCAGCAGCAGCAGCAGCAGCAGCAGCAGCGUCAUCAUGUGUUUGGUGCGAGGGCCACAGUGGAGAGGAUCACAGGGUGCCAGGCGGCUGCCCUCGCCGCGCAAGGUCUUGUGCGUGUGUGUCUCUCCCCACCCAUCUGCACCCAUUCUCGCCCACUCCCACCAUCCAGGAACACAGUGGAGAGGAUCACGGGGUGCGAGGUGCACUCCGUGCUGGGGCUGCCCUCGCCACGCAAGGAACUGUAUGCUGUGAACGUGUGUGGCAACAUGGACAAAGGCAUUGUGCUGCCGCCUCUCACUGACCCCCACCCAUUCCCACCCAUCCCCACCCACGCAGGGCCACAGUGGAGAACAUCACAGGGGCCUCAAGACCCGUUCAGUGUUGCCUCCUGGGUGCAGCAGGAGGAGGAGGUGUAG